AUGAACAAUAUCAAGAUUCUAGAAGUCACCAACAAGAUCACCGAGCUGCUGUCGGGAGAGGAUGAAGAACUGACAAACAUCAAAGUUGAGGUUAAAGAGGAAGAAGAAGAAGAAAUGUUGGUGAGGGGAGCUCAGCAGUCUAUGGAGGAGGGGGAGAUGAUUAGGAAAAGUAAACGGGAGGAAUCUUCUCUACAUAUGGACACAUAUGGAAGCCAUGCCUGGUCUACCUCUGAGGAACAACUGAUGUCUCCAGGUUAUAAUGCAGAAGAUAAUGACAUUGCAGAACAUUCACCAAAAGUGAAUCCCAUCACUCAAAUUACACAUCAACUCCCUUCCUGCCUGGUAAUAUCAAUGGACCCUUCUAACGCUGAGGGAGCUUCUGAUCAAUCACAUACUAUGACUUCAGAUGUCCAUCUGAGAUCCCAAAGGACAGAUAGACCAUCAGAUCCAUCUAAUCCCAAGAAAUCUCUAAGCCAUGAAGGAGAGAGUUCAUUGUCAUGUUUGGUGUGUGGAAAAUCUUUUAGCGAGCACAGAAACCUUCUUAGACAUCAGAGAAGCCACACAGGUGAGCGUCCCUAUUCAUGUUCACAGUGUGGAAAAAGUUUCAUUCACAAAGCGGAUCUUCUCAGACACCAGAGAAUUCACACUGGUGAGCGUCCCUACUUAUGUUCAGAGUGUGGGAAAAGUUUCAUACAUAAAACGCACCUUGUUACACACCAGAGAAUCCACACGGGUGAGCGUCCUUUUUCCUGUUCAGAGUGUGGGAAAAGUUUCACUGGCAAGAGUGUACUUCUUACACAUCAGAGAAUUCACACUGGCGAGCGUCCCUUUUCCUGUUUAGAUUGUGGAAAAUCUUUCACUGAGAAAAGUGUUCUUCUUACGCACCAGAGAAGUCACACAGGAGAGCGCCCCUUCCCUUGUUUAGAGUGCGGGAAAUGUUUCCUUCAAAAAGGAGACCUUCGUAGACACCAGAGAACUCACACAGGCGAGCGUCCUUAUUCCUGUACAGAGUGCGGGAAAAGUUACUCUCGGAAAGCAGAACUUCGGAUUCACCAGAGGAUCCAUACAGGCGAAUACCCCUUUUUAUGUUCGGAUUGCGGGAAAAGUUUCAACUAUAAAGAAAAACUUCGCAGGCACCAGAAAACUCACACGGGCGAGCGCCCUUUCUCAUGUUCCGAUUGCGGUAAAUGUUUUAUUGAGAAAGGCAAGCUUCAAGCACACCAGAGAAGACACACGGGUGAACGUCCUUAUUCGUGUUCAGAGUGCGGGAAAUCUUUUUACGAGAAAAGAAAUGUUCUCAAUCACCAGCGAACUCACGCUGGCGAGAGUGCGGGAAAUCGUCCCUAUUCAUGUCUAGAGUGCGGGAAAGGUUUCAUUCAAAAAAGAAACCUUCUUAAUCACCAGAGAAGUCACACUGGUGAGCGUCCUUUUUUAUGUUCAGAGUGUGGAAGAAGUUUUAUUCACCAAGUAAGCCUUGUUAAGCACAAGAGAAUCCACACAGGGGUGCGCCCCUAUUCAUGUCCAGAGUGUGGGAAAUGUUUCUUUCAGCCUGAAGACCUUGUAAGACACAAGAGAAGUCACACGGGUGAGCGUCCUUUUUCCUGCUUGGAGUGCGGAAAAUGUUUCAGUGAUAAAGGAAAACUAAUUGUUCACCAGAGAAUUCACACGGAUGAGCGUCCGUUUUCCUGUUCAGAGUGUGGAAAAAGUUUUACGGAGAAAGGGAAACUUAUUAGACACCAGAGAAUUCACACGAAUGAGCGUCCGUUUUCCUGUUCAGAGUGUGGAAAAAGUUUUACGGAGAAAGGGAAACUUAUUAGACACCAGAGAAUUCACACGAAUGAGCGUCCUUUUUCCUGCCCAGAGUGCAGAAAAAGUUUUACCCAAAAAAGUGCACUUCAGAUACACCAGAGUAUUCACACCGGCGAAAGGUCAUUUCCAUGUUCAGAGUGUGGGAAAAGUUUUACUCAGAAAAGAAGCCUUCUUAGACACCGGAGAAUACACACAGGUGAGCGUCCAUAUUCAUGUUCGGAAUGCGGGAAAUGUUUCAUUCAGAAAGGAGCACUAGUUAUACACCAGAGAGUUCACACUGGUGAGCGUCCCUAUACAUGUUCAGAAUGCGGGAAAUGUUUCACACAGAAAAAUGUACUUCGCAAACACCAGAGAAUUCACACUGGUGAGCGCCCUUUCUCAUGUAUAGACUGCGGGAAAUGUUUCAUCCACAAUGGAGACCUUAUUAGACACCAAAAAUUUCACACAGGUGAGCGUCGCUUCUCAUGCACAGAGUGCGAGAAAUGUUUCAUUCAAAUUAGAGACCUUAUGAAACACCAACGAAUUCACACGGGUGAGCGUCCUUAUCCAUGUUCAGAGUGCGGGAAAUCCUUCACUGAGAAAGGAAACCUUAUUAGUCACCAGAGAAUUCACACAGGUAAACGUCCUUAUCCAUGUUCAGAGUGCGGGAAAUCCUUCACUGAGAAAGGAAACCUUAUUGGCCACCAAAGAAUUCACACUGGUGAGCGACGUUUCUCAUGUACAGACUGUGGGAAAGCUUUCAUUCACAAGGGAGACCUUAGUAAACACCAGAGAAUUCACACUGGGGAGCGUCCGUUUUCCUGCUCAGAGUGCGGAAAAUGUUUUACUCAGAAAAGUGUACUUUUUAGACACCAGAGUAUUCACAAGGACACAAAUUCUUAA